UGUCAAACCAGCCAACGUUAAGCAGCAUGUUAGAAAAUCAAACAGUCCUAUCCCAACUCUCUUGGCUUGAUCGGCUCUUACCGAUAUGGAUUAUUCUCUCAAUGGCCCUCGGAGUUCUUUUGGGUUAUUUUGUUCCUUCCGUUAGGACUGUUCUGAACUCGAGUACUAUUGCGGACGUUUCCCUACCUAUUGCACUUGGACUUCUUUGGAUGAUGUACCCAGUUUUUUGCAAAGUACAAUAUGAGAAACUUUCCAAAAUCUUUCAAACUACGGGCGUUUUCCGCAACCUGGCCUUGUCGGUGCUGUUCAACUGGCUCUUGGCUCCUCUUUUGAUGGCUGCGCUGGCUUGGGCAACUCUACCCGAUUUGUCCGCAUACCGUACUGGUGUGAUCUUGGUGGGAGUUGCACGAUGUAUUGCGAUGGUGUUAAUCUGGAAUGAGCUUGCUGGCGGGGAUCGGGAAUGGUGUGCCGUCCUGGUUGCCUUAAAUUCCAUCUUGCAAGUUCUUUUAUAUGGCCCAUUGGCAUACUUCUACACGGUCAUCGUUGGUAAAGGCUCUUCGAUUGACAUUGAUAUGUGGCUAGUGACAAGGAGCGUUCUGAUCUUCCUCGGGAUUCCCCUCCUUGCUGGAUUUCUUACCCGAUUUGUACUGUGUCAUUUAUGCCGAGGGCUUCUCGGUGAAACUUGGUACCAACGCAAGUUUCUCAAGUGGAUUGGUCCCACCAGUCUGCUUGGCUUACUGUUUACUAUUGUGGUCAUGUUUGCUCUUCAGGGGCACCGCAUUAUUGACGAUAUAAACGGAGUCCUGCGUGUGGCCGUGCCACUCAUACUAUACUUUUGCAUCAUAUUUGCGCUCGCCUUUCUUGCUUGUGCAUAUUUCCGCAUGCCUUAUCCCACAGCUGUCACGCAGUCAUUCACGGCGGCGAGUAAUAACUUUGAACUUGCCAUUGCUGUGGCCGUUGCGACUUUUGGCAUCGAUUCGCCAGAGGCUCUUGCAACAGUGAUUGGUCCACUGAUAGAAGUACCUGUUUUGCUUGGAUUGGUGUAUUUAUCGCUAUGGUUCAGACCGCACUACCCGGUCGUUGAGGAGAUUUCGGCGGGUAAAGAUGAAGUAGAAAUAGUGUGUGUUAAUCCAGGUCCGGAAGCCGGAGGGCCAUCCCAUUUGUGUGCGUCUGGUGUGAUGAUAAAUGAAAAUUGACAUGACUUGUUAAGAUAUUGUC